GCCGCGGCAACGCGCGAAGCCUCCCGGAGCCGCUACUUAACCCCGCGCCGGGGCGGCCGCGGCUCACGGCGGCUCGGCGGGCACGGCCCGGCCCGGGCACACCGCAGGCGGCCGGCACGGGCUACCCCGACACCCACGGGGCCUCUCUUCCCCCUUUUCUUUUCUUACUUCCCCCCCACACCUUUUUUUUCUUUUUCCUUUUUUUUUUUUUUGUAUCUUUUUUGUUUUUUUCCCGCUCGUCUCCCGUUUUUCCAGAAGCUUCUUACCGUGUCGUGAACUUUGCCUGUCGGGGGGCGACACCGACACCGGCACGGGGAUCUGCCCCAUCCCUUCCCUCCCGUUCAGGUGCCGCCUGGGAAGCACUGAGGGAGGCAUGGCGUGGCCGGGCCGAGCGCUGAAAGCCAAGGGCAAAUUGAAGUGCGUGGAGGAAGACCUGGAUGACAGCCUGCCAGACCUCAUGUGGCUGAGGGACUUCACAGUGGCCCAGACUGGCCUGCCUCAGUUAUACUCUGGCUCAGACCCCCAGGACUGUUACACCAUGAGCGAGAGUCUGUUCAGCCUGGUUGAUUUUGAGUCCCCGUGCUCGCCCCUGGCUGCUGACCCGGCCUGCAAGGGCACACGCCACACCCCCUGCACGCCCGUCUCCUCCUCCACCUCCUCCAGCUCGCACCACGACCUGGCCGUGCCCCCUCAUCUGGCAGGGGACAUCGACUACAAGACCAACCCUCAUGUCAAGCCACCCUACUCCUACGCCACCCUCAUCUGCAUGGCCAUGGAAGCCAGCAAUAAACCCAAAAUCACCCUCUCUGCCAUCUACAAGUGGAUUACUGACAACUUCUGCUACUUCCGCCACGCUGAUCCCACCUGGCAGAACUCCAUCCGGCACAACCUGUCCUUGAACAAGUCCUUCAUCAAGGUGCCUCGAGAGAAAGACGAGCCAGGGAAAGGUGGAUUUUGGAAGCUGGACCCCUACUAUGCCAACCGGCUCAAGUACGGGACUUACAAAAAGCGGAGGAUGUCUCCGGUGCAGAUCCACCCGGCCUUCUCCGGGAGAGCCCAGAAAGAGGCGCGGCACGUCGGCAGCCCGGCCUCUUCUUCCUGCAGCUCCAACAGCCUCCUCGAGGCCAACGUGGCAUCGCAGCAGCUGCUCAAAGAGUUUGAGGAAAGCACCAGCAGCCAGAGCUGGAGCCCCGUGGGUCCCAAAGCGGGGCAGAAGCGCAAGCAGCCCUCGCCCCUGCCCACGGCCAAGGCGCCUCGGCUGCCCAGCUCGGCCCUGAUGACCCAGGAGGAGCAGACUGAGCUGGGGUCCCUGAAAGGUGUCUUUGACUGGGAAACUGUCUUUAACACCAACCUCAAUGGAGAUUUCUCCACUCUGGUGGAUAUGGAGCUCCCACCUUCCGUCAACCCUGUCACAUGUGACCUGGAGUGGACAGGACAAGGGCAGCACGUGGAGUGUCCCCAGGGGCAGGAACAAGUUGUCACUGAGUCCAACCAGUACAGCCUGGACUUUAAUGAAACCCUCAUGGCCACCACUUUCUUGGAGCAUCCCUGGGAUGAAGGGACAAAUGAUUACCUCUCCAACUGUGUCAACAUCGACCAGGUGUUUGAAGACAUCGAUGCCUCUUUGCUGGCAGAUGUCAUCAACCUGAGCAGCCUGGCACGCCUCUUGUAAGACUUUUGUAGGAUGCUCUCCCCAAACUGGGACUUACAAGGGACAAGAUUUCCUAGAGAUGCCCACGGUGACUUUUACCAGCUUCAUUGCAAGGUUAUUCCCAGAAACACCAGGGAAAAAACCUACCACCCCAGGAACUGCCCGCUGUGUCUCCAAAGGACAACUCAAAAGUCUCUAGUUUUCUCAAGAGAAGAAAGUCAACACUACUUAUUUUUUUUACAUUUUACUUUUAAAAAAGAAAUGUGAAUUAUGAUGGGUUCUUUUCCAUCAGGGCUAAAAUGACCUGCGAAAUCCCAUCUAAGACAUGAGAUUCCUGGUGGCUUAGGAUUUGAUAGACUAAAGUGCAAUUUCCACACCUCUUUGUUUCUCUGUCUUUCCUUUUUCUGUCUCAGUGCAGUUGGUAAGUACAGUGUGAUAAUUAGCUGGUAAGAAAAUACAGGUCCCUUCUGGAUUCUCCAAGUUCAACAUCCCAGCUGAUUUGUGCCUAGGGAAGAAGAAAAGGUUUCUAAACUCAGCAAGUGUGCCUCUUUAGAUGUUUUUAUAUAAUCUAUUAUAUAUUAUAUAUUCAAAGAAAUCUAUAUUUUUUAGCACUAGAAUUUCUUAAGGGGGGAGGGGAAGACUGGAAAUGCAGUUUGAGAGUUGUUUUAUAUUUUCACUGUUUAAAGGUUUUGUGCUCACUGUUCUGUUAAACAAGACCACACAAGGGAGGUCUCCUGCACCAACAGGUUUUGUGAAGAAUCCAGGAACUGGCCCCAGCAGGAGAAGAGCAGCAGGGACAGGGAUGCUCCCAAAACCAGCUUUUGUAUUUUUUGUACCCAAAACCCUUGCUGCAGUUGCCAAAGGGUCUGGAGCACCAUGAACCCUCUCUUUCACCCACUGACACAGUCCCUCUCUGCUUUUUUGGUCCGAGACUGUUGCUCUUCACUUCUCCAGCUCUUCCAUCAGGCUCUGAGUGCAAGGAAAACGCCGUGGCUGGCCCUCAGCUGGUGGUGAUGGAGCCACUCUGCACUGAACGCUCCCAGCUGGGACUGAGGAGGAGAGAAAUCCACAUCCAGGCUCCAUCCAGGAGCUCAGGCCAAAGACUGUGCAUGCAACAGGCUCUGGGGACAGCAGUGGGAAUGAAGUCCCAUCCAGCCAGGAGAGACCUUGGGAUCCACACAAAGAGGAGCUUUGGCCCUUGGGCUCGCUGUGCAGCGAGAGCCUGGCGGGGUCGGUGCAAGGUAACUUGGAAAUAGUUUGGGAGCAGAGCCAAACUCUGCUGAAACUUGACUUGAAGCUCUCAAGAACCAGAUUCUUUGCCUCUGCUUUGCUGUGGGCUGUGAGAGGUAGAGCAGCCAUUAGGUAGGAGCAAGUAGAAGCUGGAAUUUUAGUGGUGUGUCUUAGACUUGGCAAAAGACAUUUAAGGUUGUAUUUAGAUUCUGUUUUGGUUACAAAAGCACUUAGGAGGGGCUUUGGGGUCUGUGUAGUUGUUUGUGUUGACAAUGUUUCUUUUUACUUGCUGUUUUUCUUCUGUAUUCCUGCUUUGGGGAUUAUGUUGGAGAACUACAGAGAUACUUGUGCAAUUUAACUUUUUUCAUGCAAAGUUAUUUACAAAUUUUAAAAAAUAAUAAUAAAUAAAAAA